CAACGCGAUGUUAAAGAAUAUUCGGGGGCUCCCUAUCACAGCCAUGUUGGAAGCAAUAUUUAACAAGGUCAACUCCGUAUUCAUUAAGCAUGUGAACGACUACAAAAUGUGGUUGGCAUCCGGUUUCGUGUGGACUCCAGUCUGUGCACACAGAAUUGAGACUUGGGAAAAUAAGUCAAAGACUCAUACGGCUUCACAGUUCAACGUGGCACAGAAGGUAUUCAAUGUCUUGACCCAGUGCGACAAUGUAAGACAAAAGGGUGGCAAUACACAGCAAGUUCGUCUACUGGACGGGACAUGCACCUGUGGAAAAUUUCAACAGUGGAAAAUUCCGUGCUCCCAUGCGAUAGCUGCCUGCAACCAAUACGGAGAGAACUACCGUGACUACAUUUCAUGGUAUUACAAAUGCGAGGAUCUGACGAGGGAUUUCUGUCUCGCACUAGCUGUACGACUAGAAGGAGCGCUGUUUUGCCGUUCGCUAGGUUGGACCACCGUAUUCGGUCGAUGAUCGAGCCUACUGGAUUUGCAGGCUGUUUUGCUAUGCGUCACUACAGCGUCGACAUGCAGCUGAUCACAGCCCUUGUGGAGAGGUGGAGGCCGGAGACCCACACUUUUCACUUACCCGGCGGAGAGUGCACGGUUACACUACAGGACGUGGCCGUUCAGACCGGACUACCAGUAGACGGUCAUGCUGUUACAGGAGGUAUUGUACAUGAUUGGGCUGCAGUGGCAGAGAGGGUUUUGGGGAUUCCUGCGGGCAGAUAUCCUAAAAAGCCUGCAAAUUCCACAGUCCGGACUUCUUGGAUCCUAGAGAGUUUCCCCGACUUCGGUGCAUUACCAGACCAGGCGACUGACGAGCUUGUCCAUCGGUACACACGGGCGUAUCUCUUGCUCGCUGUCACAGGAUUGUGCUUCACUGACCUCGGUAGUGGAAAGACUUCGUUACGGAUUCUUCCACUUUUAGAGGACUUGGCGGCAGUUCGGACCUACAGCUGGGGAUCGGCGACACUGGCUUACUUAUAUCACGAGCUUUGCUCAUGUUCGUUGCGGUCUGCGAAUCGCCGCAACAUGGGCGGGCCGUUGUGGAUACUGCAGCUGUGGGCAUUGGACCGACUUAGAGUUAUUGCUCCCGCUCUUGCCGAUCCCACUAUUUCACCACAUCUACCACUGGGCGACAGAUGGGGAGGCCGGAGAAACGCCAGCCGUGCGGCUCGACACUCGCUGCCUGACAUCCGUGUUCGGCUUGACACAUCUCGCUACGAAGAUUUUAUCUGGCAGCCGUACACUGAUGAUAUGCUGGACACUAUCCCAGCGUAUUGUUUAGAUGGGCGCGCUUUUUGGCGGGCCACGGUUCCACUUAUUUAUUUUCAUAUUGUGGAGUGGCACCAGGCAGACAGAGUUCUGCAGCAGUUCGGACUGCAACAGGGUAUUCCAGACGCCCCACUUCAGGACCACUCACUACACUCCCUUACCCUGAAGAGCAGCUCAUCUUGGAUCCAGACACACUCUCACUACAUUCGUGUGUGGGACGACCGACUCCGGUUUGUAAUUUCAGGACAGCCCCUCCAGGACCCACCUCAUUAUCAUUCCGAGUAUAUGGAUUGGUUUCGGUAUGUCACGCGUCGCUGGAUCACACGACAUGGCGCUGAGCUCGGAGCACAGGCCGAUUUUGUGGAGCGUGUACGUAGGGAUGCUCCUGUUGACACUGAGCUUCGGCGGUUCGCAACCAGCACACAGAGAGGCACUAGAGAGGACCGCCGUGAUGUUACAUCGCCCCCUAUCGAGCCUUCUAUACCGCCGCAUCGACUACCAGUCAUACCUGACGCGCCGAUAGAUCCGACUUCACUGCGACAUCGACGGCGAGAGCGGCGUCACCCCCCUGCACCACCUCAGCGUCCUACCGAUCCUAUGCCUCCCCAGUGGUUUUUCAUCCUUUCAGAGGGCAUUACUAUUACGCGGGGUCCAGCUCUGCACCGCCACCCUUUUCAUCGGGUCCUCCUUCUUCUUCUGGCCAGUUUUACGGGAUUUCGGCACAUCACUAUUUUCACGGGUCGUGUGCAGUGGGAUCAGCCUACACAGGGUACACAGGACUUUGCAGCUUCACAGGGACUUCCACAGACACAUGGGACUACAGACUUUCUGUCAUAUGGUAGCAGUUGGUUAGGUCUAGACAGCAUGGAGGCGAUGAUAUUCCGCCAACAAGGAGAAUUUGUUACCCCGCCACCAGCUACGACGAGUACGGCCAUUCCCCAGGACCAGCAGGGUGACGACGGAGCCGACGACGAGGAGGGCGAUGCAGGAGAGGGAGAUGGUGAUGGUCGCCCAGGUCGACGUUACCUCACCAUCAGUACAGGCCGUCGGGCGAACCGUAACAGAAACAACUUGCGCUCGAACCUCCCGGUCACUAGCAGAUAUGACGAUAGGACUCCUAGUGCAGUCAGGGAAUUAAAUUCCCUGACUGCACAAAGUAAACCGCGUAACAGUUACGCGGUUUGCCACGUUGGAAAAGCAAACCGCGUAACUGUUACGCGGUUUACUUUUCCUAUGUGGCUCCUCCAGCGAGGAGCCACGUAG